AUGGAAAGAGGAGAAUGCUUGAUGUCGAUGAAGCUUAGACCGGUGGUGACGAAACCAUCUUCAGACGCGCUUUCCUUCUGGCCGUUUGGGGAAGAGAGAGCGGUUGAGGAGUAUGGCGGCGGAGGCGGUUGCAUGUGGCCGCCGAGGUCUUACUCAUGCAGCUUUUGCGGGAGAGAGUUCAAGUCGGCGCAAGCACUAGGCGGUCACAUGAACGUUCAUCGAAGAGACAGAGCUCGACUCAAACAACAAUCAUUAUCACCGUCAUCAACUGACCAAGCCACGCCUCCUGAAUACGAUCGCCAUCAACAACAACCGCAACAAGUUCUUGACGUGGGAUCGAAGGUUCUUGUCCAAGAAGAAUUAAGAAAGCCUAAUGGAACUAAGAGAGAGAUAAGUAUUGUCUGUAAUAACAACGUUUUAGAAAAUCCUACCAAAAGAUUUGAGCAUGACAAAGGUGAAGUCAAGACUGACUUAUCUGUCGGUCUACUGAGUUCUGAGUUUGGUCCACGGAAGAAGCAACUAUUUAACGGAUCAUCUUCGUCAUGGAAGAAGGCAAAGACGGAUGUUUCAAGAUUUCCAAUGAUGUUAGGGCUGGUCAUUGGAGUUUCCAAGAUCAACGGUCAUCACGAUGAGUUGGAUCUUGAGCUAAGGCUAGGAGCUGAUCCGCCAAAGGUUAACUAG